CAAAAGAAACCUUAAAGGUCACUAACGCUCUUGACAUUCUAAUUCGCAUGAAGACUAACCCCCAGAAACUACGAAAUGCAAACCCGUUAUGCUAGCUAGGUCCAUCUCUUUUCUCCAUUUGGACCCAAACCUCUUGAGCGUAUACACACUACCCAAACUCAAGAUCAGAGCCAGGAGCCCGACCAUGGUGCACAGCCAUCCGACUCCCAUCGCAUUGAUGAGCGGCUGCGCGAUGACAGUUCCAAUGCAAGAAAAGAUGUUCCUGACAAAGUUGUUGACAGCGAUGCCGCUCGACGACCUGGACGGCAUGAACUCGGUGAGCAUCGUGGUCGCGGCCGAAAAGAUCAGCAUGCUGCUGAGGCCGAACAGCAAACUGGCGACGCUCGGCACCGCCCAGUACAGACCCUUGUCGAUGGUCCAGCCAAACAUGAUGAGCGCGCUGGGGUAG